AUGGCCUGUCUCUUGCUGCUGCUAUCGUCACAAGAGACGCGCAGCGGCCCGCGCCUAACCUGCCACCACCGCCCGUCUCGUCUAUCCCCCGUAUCAUCCGCCUCGUCCUCCACGGCGGCAGAGCUCCACGCGCCAAAACGUGUCACUAGCGAUUGCGCGCGCCGUGCGAGCCUCCAGGCUCUGUCUCCCACGCGCCACGUACCGAACGUGAGCAUGCGCGAAGCAGUAGCAGCAGUAGCAGCAGCAGCAGCAGCACUGGCGGUCCAGCGGGCGCCACCGAGCGACUCCCCGCGGCCUCACGACACGGAGCUCUCGGCGUUUCAACUGGACGUUCUGUAUAUUGUGAUCGUGAGCUGCUCGGCGCUGUCACUCGUCGGCUGUCUGUACAUUGUGCGCCACCACUACGUCACGUCCCAACUCCACAGUGGCGUCUCGAUGGUGCAGAAGAUGGUGCUCGUGCUCUCGGUCCUGGACGCGGGACUGUCGUUCCCCAAGCUCUUUGGCAAUCCGUCCGUGGCCUCGGACAACGUCGAGGUGGUGGCCACCGCGUCGUGCAAAGCCCAAGCGUUCGCCCUGCACCUCUUUGGACUCUUGUCCGUCUUCUGGAACGCGGCGAUCGCUCACUGCUUUUACCGCAAGAUUGUCUACCGCGACAGCGAAGCGCGCCUCAAGAGCCGGUUCAAGCUCUACGUGCUGCUCGCGCUGGUGCCAGCCGUCAGCUGCAGCGUAGCGCUCUACGCGGCCAAGGUGUUUGGCAAUGCCACGUUCUACUGCUGGAUCGAGGCGCGUGCGCAGCAGUUCUGGACCUUCUACUUGUUUGUCAUUCUCGCGAUUCUCUACGUCAGUAUCAUCCUCUGCGUCACGCACAACCGCAUCUCGCGGGACGUUCGCAACGCGCACUUGGAUGCCCAAGAGUCGUGGGCGCUGAUCGCGUCCAAGCUGAGGAUCUACAUUGCAGCGUUCAUUGUGCUCUGGACGCCCAGCACGGUCUUUCGAUUACUGGACGACGAGCUCGGCGUGGCAAAGUUUGCAAUUGCGUUGUUGAUGCAGGUCACCAUGUGUAUGCAGGGCCUCGCGACGGCCAUUAUAUACGGAGGACUGCUAACGAAGCUGUAUCGAGUAGCCUCGUGCAAGCCAUCGACCGUUCCAGCGCACAAGCUUAUCGCCGCAGCAUCGUUUCCUACCAUGGAUACGACCAACACCAUGCUUGGUUUGGUCAAGCACUAUCGCCAACCGGCAAACAUCUUCGUGUCGACUUUCAACAUGGGCGAGGCUAGACUCACGCCUGCCCAGUUAGACAAAUGGAUACCGCUUGGUCACGACGUGUACGUCAUUGGUCUUCAGGAGUGUCUGCACCUCGCAGACACCCGCAGCUUAAUUUGCCAGCAUCUUGAAGGAGGACGUCCACGACCAGCAGCAAAUCGAGCAGCCUGCAAAAAGUCGACGUUCCACCAGUUCAAUCGCGAGAUCGGUAGCAAGAACAAGUCAUUGGGCUACCACGGUCACAUUGCAAUUACGGUCUUCAUCAGGUCUUCAGACGUGGACAGUGGUGCCUUCUAUAUGCCGCCUGUGGUGCAGCAGGAAGUUAACGUAGGCAAGUCUCUGGUGCUGGGUCGGGCAUCGAACAAAGGGGCAGUGGGGUUUGCGUUUCGGUACUACGACACCUCGUUCGCAUUCGUAGCAUGUCAUUUGUCCUCGGACCCCAAGGGAAAGUCGAAAGUAUGGCGACGAAACCGGGACUCGCAAGACAUGCUGCAGGAGCUGCAUUUGAAUCUCGAGGACGUGGGUUUUGAGUUCCCACACGUGCAUCACCACAGCUUUGUUCUCGGGGACCUCAAUUAUCGGCUGACACAGCGCGAUGCGAGCGCAAAUACCAUCCUGGAGCUGGUGUCCAAGGUACGGCAGUGUGAAACGCUGAAGCUUGUGCCGACCAAGAGGAAUCGCAGCUUGCGCCGCGGGCUACUGGGUAAACGGUGGAGCCCGAUGGGACGUCGCCGUCUCGGUAGUUCUUUCGGACUCGGCAGUUCUUUCGGACUCGGUAGGUCCCAAGGCGCGAGCAGUGACCGAGAUAACAGCGAGCUUGGUGUCAGCAUGCUGGAGCGGAGCGCUAAGAACACCUCGUCCGCGUUUGCUUCUUCGAACGGCAGCAUCAACAGCUUUCAAUACUCAGCGGAUAGUGAGCACGUGGACGACGAUCAUUUUGUCUGGGACGAUGUGCUUGCGCAUGACGAGCUGCGGGCCGGUAUGCGAAGCGGUCAGAUUUUCUACGGCUUCCGCGAGGCGAAAAUUGCAUUCCCGCCUACUUUUCGCCGUGUGCGUGGAGCAGCCCUGAAACUCGACGGGGCAAAUUGGCCGAUGCACGAGCUAACAAAGUGCUACACCACAGCUGUCGAGGGCCAUGGCAUGCGGGUACCGUCAUACACGGACCGAAUCCUGUUUUUCUCUCAGCCGGAUAUGCGUCAUCGCUUGCGAUGUGCUGUCUACGCCUCAUGCGAAGAAGUUAGCUGCUCCGACCACAAGCCUGUGCUGGCAGUGUUCCAAGCUCUCGUGAAUCGCGACUUCCUUCCGAUUGAGACGGAGCUUUCCACCAAGAAGCUCCAGCGAAUGCAGGAUGUGCAUGGCGUCUUGGAGUGUCAGCUACGUCUGGACUUCAGCAGUAUGUCGUGGCAGCCUGAUGCAGCGCCCGACCUUUCACGUAUGUCGUCCGGCACCUCGACUGAUGUCGAUCAGCGUUUCUCGAGCUUCGACCGUCACGGACAUCAAGUGAUGGUGACGACCGUUUUCCCAUUACCAUCGGAAGACAUCUUUUCAGCACAGCGCAAGCUGCUUGAGCUAGCGGACUCGAUGAGUGGUGGUGUGUACUUGCAGAGCACUGAUCGAUUGCUAUGUAAGACAAACGUAGCUCACGUCAAGUGGGCCGACUUUGUGCGUGACGGUAUCACCCACGCCACCUGUGCCCGACCAACUGGUAAUAUGCACGUGGCAAUCAAAGUCCACGCCGGCAGUCAGGGUCCGUGCUUCGGUCAGGGCGUGAUUUGCAUUCCGCAGACAACAGCUGACGACAGCGGAGAUCCACCAGACGGAGUCCAGAAGCUGAACAAUUUCGUCGUAGAACUCGCCCACGGUGGGAAACAUACAGGGAUAAUGUCAGGCUUUGUGAGCCUGCAGCUUUUGCAGCACGGCAGUGACGCAUAA